AUGGCCGAAGCCAACUCAUACAACCACUUGUCUACCACCUUUGUCAAAGUGUCGACACCAGCACAGUAUGUAGCUUACGUAGAGCUGUCGCGGAACCCCGUGAAUGCUUUCCACGAAACCCGCUCCAUCGACUUUGUAGUACACAUGCUCAUCGCUGUGUUCAGGUUCUGGACGGAGCUAGGCCAGGUGUUCGACAAGAUCAGUCAGGAGCCUACUGUGCGCGCCGUCGUCCUCGGAUCUGCUUUGCCUAAGUUUUUCUCAGCGGGGAUUGACUUUUCCGCCUUGUCUCUUCCUAACAACGGCAGCGAUCCCGCGCGCAGUGCAUUCCAGCUGCAGAAGCACAUCCUCGGCUUCCAGGACUGCAUAUCGGCCAUAGAGCGUUGCCCGUACCCAGUGGUAGUCGCAGCACACGGAUAUGCCCUCGGACUGUCCGUCGACAUCAUCUCGGCCUGUGACGUGCGCUAUGCGGCAGCGAACACCAUCUUCGCGAUCAAGGAAGUGGACGUCGGCUUGGCGGCAGACAUCGGGUCGCUCGCACGUGUCCCUAAGGUCGCCGGAAACCACAGCCUGGUGCACGAGCUCGCAUACACUGGGCGCAACUUCUCUGCCGCCGAGGCUGAGAAGAUGGGUUUCGUCUCGCGUGUGGUGGAGGGUGGACGGGACGAAGUCACCGCCGCGGCGCUGGAGGUGGCUAAGCUCAUCGCGGAAAAGUCGCCUGUCGCGGUCGCAGGCACGAAGCAUCUGCUGCUGCACUCCCGGGAUCACACCGUCCGGGAGAAUUUGGAGUACACCGCCGUAUGGAACAGCGCGAUGCUGCAGACCCAGGAUCUCAUGGACGCCGUCAAAGCCGCCCAAAAGAAGCAGAAGCCGAAGUUUGGCCCCUUGGGCUCGAAGCUCUGA